CCCUACUACACUGAAACCUUCAUUACGCUGCUGAUUGGCAUCGUGGUCGCCCUCUUCGCGCGGAUCCUCUGGAGGUGAUCCGAGUUGGGGGGCUCCGUGGCCCCGUGCAGGACUCCGGAGCGUGUGUUGAGGACUUCGUUCGGUGCGUGUGCGUCUCUUUUUCUUUUGGGGGCAACAAGAAAAAGAGAAACCACCCCCGCAUCAUGCCGGCGCUCUGGUUCUUUGAACUCUCCAAACCCGUUCCGUUCCGCUCUGCCCAGAGCGCAGCCUUCACCCGGACCAGUCGGGCGGGCGGCAUCCCGGGCACGGGGCGCUCUUCAAGGCAGAUGAUUCGCUCUGGGACCACGUUGAGGACCCUCCUGAACGACUACCGGAAGAUGAAGAAGGCGGACUUGAAGAGGAAGACGCUGGCCGUGCCGCGUGGCGCCCAACGGGGGCUGCGCGUCUGGAAGAUCUUGGAUUUGCACCACCAUUUCCGUUCCAUCAUUCGACAGAGGAACAUGUACUAUUUGGAUCCCAACAUCUUGCAGCCCUUGACGAAGUCAGCGAAGCUCUCCUUUGCGGAGUACGUUGGCCCGGACCAGGUGGAGUGGUUCGUGAGCCACUGGUGGGGCACGCCGGUGAGCGUCUACUGCGAUGCCCUGAUGCGGCAUGCCAAGGAGGUGAAGCGCCACCAGGAGUCCGAUUGGUCCGUGGCACCGGUGGACAGUCGCACGCCGGGCGACGGCAGCUGGGAGAACACGGCGUACUGGAUCUGCACCUUUUCCAACAACCAGUACAACAUCCAGGAGGAACUGGGUGGUGGACAGCACACGGAGUCCUCCUUUUACAAGGCUCUCCACAGCGAGGGCUUGAAAGGAACCUGCAUGAUUUUGGAUGAGUUGGCGCAACCGCUGAAGAGGUCCUGGUGCUUGUUCGAGCUGUUGCAGACCAUCGAGCUGGAGGAACGAGCCAAGGAAGAGACGCGGCCGUUCGAAGGGUUGCUCUUUUGCACCUCCAAUGGGGUGCUGAACUAUGGCUCCUCCACAGUGGAGAUCUCCAUCAAGAUCGGCGAGCGCUUGGCGGAACUGAGCCUGGCGGACGCGGAGGCCACCACCGAGAAGGAUAAGAAGAUGGUGGCGGAUCUGGUGCUGCAAACGCGCGGGAGCUUCGCGGAGAUCGACCACGUUUUGAGACUUCACAUCCGCGACGCGCUGAAGGCGUGUCAGGAGCAGGUGAACAUUGACUUCCGAGCGCUCUUCGCACGGCUGCCGGGCGGUGGCUCGCAGCCAUAUCCCUUUCAGACCGCCAAGACACUGUAGACGCAACAGAACGUUCCAUGUCGGAGUGAGUGUCGGAGUGGCAUUUGAGUCUC